AUGCUUUCGUUUCCCCUUCUGCGGGCUCACGUUCUACUUGGACUACUCUUUUUACUGCCAAAUCUCGUUGAAAAUACUGCGGCGACAUCACCUGGAUCUGAUCCUAUCGUCAAACUUAACUAUGGCGCAUUUCAGGGCAGUGUAGUUGGUAAUGUUGAAAGUUUCCUCGGCAUGCCUUUUGCCGCACCGCCAGUUGGGAAUUUACGAUUUGCGCCUCCCCACCCCCCUGUUGCCUUCAGGGGCGUUCAUCAGGCAACUACUUUUGGAGCGGCAUGUUUCCAACAAGCGGCGAAUGCCUCUGUCUUUCCUGGAAGCCUAGUUCCAACUAUUGCUGGUUUGAUUUCUACAGGGGCCCCUAAUCCCUCUGUUAUAUCGGAAGAUUGUCUGUUUAUAAACGUUGUCAGACCUGUAGGCACACAGCCUGGGAAGAAACUCCCAGUCGUCUUUUGGAUAUACGGAGGUGGCUUUCAGAAUGGCGACACUUCGCUGUACCCAGGAAGCAACAUCGUCUCUCGAUCAAUCGCCCUCAACGAGCCUGUUGUUUAUGUAUCAGCAAACUACCGUUUGAGUGCACUUGGUUGGCUAGCAUCCAAAGAGGUGCAGGCUGCUGGCCUUGGAAACAUUGGUUUAAGAGAUCAACGUUUCGCCUUAAAGUGGGUACAGAAAUAUAUCACAGCUUUCGGAGGUGAUCCUCGUAGAGUUACUAUAUGGGGAGAAAGUGCAGGGGCCUUAUCAGUUGGUACUCAUUUGAUCAUCAACGAUGGUAAUCCAGAAGGUCUAUUCCACGCAGCUGUAAUGCAAUCCGGUUCUCCCUACUUGAUGUUGGACAUUGCCGACAAGCAACCCAUCUUCGACCAGUUGGUGGCCAACUCGGGCUGCACAGGCUCCCCCGAUCCUAUCGCAUGCAUGAGAGCAGUUCCGUUCGACCAGUUCUCCACAGCUAUGAACUUGUCUCCCAAUCUCUUCUCGUUUUCAAGUCUUUCCCUUGCCUGGCAGCCGACCAUCGAUGGCGAUUUAAUUAAGAGAGAUCCUCAGAUAUCUCUCCAAAAAGGUCUCUAUGCAAAGGUUCCCAUACUCUCCGGAGACUGUGACGACGAGGGAACAUUUUUCUCGUUUGCUAAUGCAAACAUCACAACCAACGAAGAUUUCUUAUCCUACAUGCAAUCCAAUUACUUCCGCGGGAUAUUGUCGGACGAGCAGCUUGCAGCUGUAGGUGAAGCAUAUCCGGACGAUGUCACUCAGGGUUCCCCUUUUGAUACCGGAACAGCAAACGCCCUCACUCCCCAGUAUAAGCGCCUUGCAGCUAUACAGGGAGACUGGUCUUUCCAAGCUCCCCGGCGAUUUUUGCUGGAAACGACCUCAAAGACUCAACCUACCUUUGCAUUCUUGUAUAAACGUAACAAAACAAGUACCGCACUUGGGUCAUUCCACGGAACCGAUAUACCAGAGUUUUACGGCGCUGGACCCUCACCAGAUCUCGUUGGAGCAGAUGCGAUAAUCAACUUUGCCAAUACCGGCAAUCCAUCGCUUCCCAAGAAUCCCAAAAGUCUUCUCUCCUCUGUCAACUGGAAGCAAUGGGGGUCGUCCAAGACAAACCCACCCAUGUUGACUUUCACGGACCCAAUCCCGAGCAUCGCGAUCACAUCUGAUACCUUCAGGCUCCAGCAGAUGGCGUUGUUGACACAAAUCUCUCUGCAGAUUGCCAAUACCUCUGCACAACCUUAA